GUCCAGUCCUGGUUGACAGCGACGCGAGGGUGGCGCUGGUGGGGGAAACCACCCUCGCUUCGAAAGUUCAGUUCGCGCUCAGCCUCCGACGUGUAUUCACGGACGGGCGUCCAGCCGGAGGGUCGAGGGGCUGUCUUUGAGGGACUUUCAUCGUAGAAAUUUUCGGAGCUUAUACUUCCGCGCGGAUAUUAUCGAGUUUGUGGUUUACCUCAAGGAGCACGACUUCUCUCAACUAGUGAUAUUGUCAUGAGGAAACUUCUAGACAUGUGUUGAACAUUUAGACCGGACUGCUGGAAUGGAGCUUGUCCUGCGACCUAUUCUUCUUUUACUGUCAGCAUGUAGCUACGAGUUGGCGUUCGGUCAGCAGGGCCCGGUUUUCAUCCAAGAGCCCCCCAGCACUCUCGUAUUUUCGAAUACAACUGGAUCUCAGCUGAGCUGUUCCGCUCAUGGGAGUCCGACUCCGCACGUUACUUGGACUACGAGUCCGGAUCAGAGGCCGGUGACCGCGGUACCGGGUCUCAGGCAAUUGCUGGGUAACGGAACUCUCUACUUCCCACCGUUUCUGGCUCAAGACUUCCGCGCAGAAGUUCACAGCGCCCGUUACAGAUGCAGGGCAUCAAACUCCAUAGGUACCGUUCUCUCGAGAGAAGUCAUCCUUCGAGCUGUACUCACCGUUUCCGGGUACGACGUAAGGGUGAACAGGGCAGAUGUUGUCACAGGAUGCAACGCCGUGUUAUCCUGUACCGCCCGAGAAGACGUCAGGGAACAUUUGACGGUGACCUCUUGGUUUCGAGACGACGCAAUUUUGCUACCGGGGAGCACGGACACCGGUGGAAGGUUCGUCGUGACCUCGCAGGGGGAAUUGCAUAUCCGUGCCGCGAGGGCGGAAGAUGGAAGAGCAACUUAUUCCUGCCUAACACUUCAUUCUCUCACGGGGGAACGACGUCGGAGCGAUUCUGCUACACUUACGGUAACAGAACAAAGCAGGUCCAUGCCCCCGAUGUUGACCCAACGUUCGCAGAUGGUGAUAUCAGCUGAAAGGGGUUCAAAUACCCACCUUACUUGUUCCGCUCAAGGAAGUCCUCCCCCGGUAUUCACGUGGUACAAAGAUGUAGACGGUCAUCUACUUCCGGUAGAAUCGUCCGGCCGUAUACAACUCUGGGGAGAUUUAAUGCAGAUCCGUCGGGUUGAUGCCCAAGACGCCGGAAGAUACGUUUGUAGAGCGAGUAACCAGUUCGGAGAACAAAGGGCGGAAAGUCACUUGGCCGUCACUUCGAAGCUCAACGCCAGAAUUCAUCCUCAGAUUCAGACGGUGAACUCCGGAGCAACCGCGACGAUGAAUUGUACGGUCGAAGGUUACCCGGUCGAAAGUGUCGAAUGGCUUCACGAUGGAGUUGCCAUUCUGACGGGUCAGGAUGCGAGAAUCAAUCUGCAGACUCCAUUGGUCCUGGUCAUAAGUUUCGUCGGUCGUAGGGACAGAGGAAUGUACCAAUGUCUCGUGAGAAGCGAUAAGGAGAACGCUCAGGCAACCGCAGUAGUUCAACUGGGGGAUACCGUUCCCGAGCUGCAGUACACGUUCAUUGAACAAGCUCUUACACCUGGAAGGCCCGUUUCUCUGCGAUGUUCGGCGACCGGAUCUCCACCACCUUCGUUCACAUGGCUUUUAGACGGCCAGUCAUUGAGCGAAAUCGUCGCGGGUCAUAGAUACGCGAUUGGUCAGUACGUCGAUCAAUCCGGUGAUGUAAUUAGCCACCUAAACAUAUCGUCGGCCGGUUCAGAAGACGGUGGAUUGUACACCUGUGUAGCUUCCAACGCGCUAGCUAGCGUUGAACAUAAAGCAAGACUGAAUAUUUACGGAUCACCUUACAUCAGGUCGAUAGGUCCCAUCAGAGCAAUUGCGGGAAAAGACAUAACAAUCGCUUGUCCGUAUUCCGGGUACCCGAUCACCUCGGUCGAGUGGUCUAAAGGCGGGGUCCAAUUGCCCCUCGACAUCAGGCAAAAAUUGAACGAAGGUCUUUUGACAAUAACUUCGGUGGACACGAACGAUAAUGGGACGUACACUUGCACGGUCAGGAGAUCAGGAGAAACUGCGAGCAGAGAUAUAGUGCUCACCGUUAGUAGUCCUCCGGUGAUGACGCCGUUUAGUUUUGACCAGAAUUUGCAAGAGGGUAAAUGGGCGCAGGCUACUUGCAGCGUAACUUCUGGAGAUCGUCCGAUAUACUUCACCUGGCUAAAAGAUGGUGAACCAAUACCACCGGCCCUUCAAAUCGAAGAGAAAGUUCAAACGUUUUAUAGUCUUCUACUUUUUCACGAAGUUUCAUCCCGCCAUAGCGGGGAGUACACUUGUAUCGCUACAAAUCAUGCUGCCAAAGUAAAUCACACUGCCGAACUACUGGUAAAAGUUCCUCCCCAAUGGAUAUUCGAGCCACAGGACAUAUCAACCCUACUCGGCAAUCCCUUGAACGUACAUUGCGAGGCGAAAGGAUUUCCUCCGCCACAAAUCACCUGGCUCAGGGGUCACGGGAGAUCGUCGAAUGACUUUCAACCGUUGAUCGGAUUGGACGGAAGAAUAACCAUUCAGCCAAACGGUUCUCUAUGGACAGCUUCCGCUGGUCCUCAAGACGAAGGGCAUUACCUCUGCCGAGCGAACAACGGGAUCGGUUUGGCUCUCAACAAGCUAAUUUACGUUUCGGUGAACGAACCUGCCAGAUUUGAAAUCCAGAGUAAAAAUGUAACCAUAAGACGCGGCGAGCCAGUCAGUCUCGACUGUUUCGUCAUCGGAGAUAAUCCCAUCGAAGUACAAUGGACGCAUAACAACAAUCGUCUGGAUUUGAACAACUAUCGUCUCAGUAUAAGUCAAGUUAAGUCUGAAGAUGGACUCAAGUCUCAAUUGUCAAUUGGACGAAGUGACCGUCAGGAUUCGGGGGUGUACAGAUGCGUUGCCAGCAACGUGUUCGGGAGGAGCGAACAUCUCAUUUAUCUCGCUAUUCAAGAACGGCCAGACCCACCGAUGGCUCUUGAAGUGAUAGAAAUUGGCUCCCGAUCGAUAAGGCUUUCAUGGAAACAGUCGUUUGACGGAAAUAGUCCGAUAAUCAAUUACGUCAUUCAAUAUCGUCCGCUCGGUAUUAGCGUCACCGAAGAGUGGGAUCCUACCCAGACUCACAAUAUAACAUUCAACGCCGGAAGCACGAGCAUAAGUGGAGCGACCAACCCGACGCAAAAUGGCCUUGCUCAUUAUGACACAAUGGGUGCUGACCAGGAAAUGGCCUUGGUCAGUGGACUUCAUCCAGCAGUCACCUACACAUUCAGAAUGUUCGCCGUCAACGCUAUCGACGCGAGUGCACCUACGGAUUCAGUCGUCGCAAAGACGCAAGAAGAAGCACCGAUGGAUUUUCCCCAAAAUGUCAACGUACAGAGCGCAGGACCCGGAGAGUUAAUUGUCAGUUGGCAGACGCCGUCCAGAGACAUGUGGAAUGGCGAACUACUGGGUUAUAUAGUGACCUGGUCCGAGCAUUCCUCGUCAACUUCGGGUGUCAAUCAGAGCAAGAGUCUUACGGUGAAUGGAUGGGCUACGACAAAAAUUCAGCUGACAGGCCUUAGAAAAUUCACGAAAUACGACAUCACCGUCAGAGCUUUCAACAGCAUCGCCAGCGGGCCUCCUAGCAGCCCGAUUGUUGGCACGACCCAAGAAGGCGUACCGGAAGCUCCUCCGAUUCAAGUAGCGUGUUCACCAUUAUCGUCACAAAGCGUCAAGGUGUCUUGGGGAGCACCCCCGACGCAUCAACAUGGAGGGGUCAUUCAAGGAUACAAAGUUUACUACAGACCGGUCCCGACCGAUAACAUGGAAAUAUCAACGGUGGGUGAAGUGAAGCGAACAUCGAGCGAGGAGACUUAUCUUCAUACGUUGUACAAAUACACCAACUAUUCGAUCAGAGUUUUGGCCUACACGGGAGCUGGCGAUGGGGAACUCAGCCCACCUACGUAUUGCUCGACGGAAGAGGAUGUUCCGGGACCCCCUGCUGGUAUUAAAGCGCUGGCUUUGACUGCCGAAAGCAUUCUCGUCUCUUGGUUACCGCCAUUGCAACCAAAUGGGCAUGUUUCACUUUACACUGUCUACAGCCGGGAGGCUGGAGCGACAAGAAAUAAUACCCAUACGAUGCAUGACCCUCCGUCUUCGGCAAGCGAUACCUUGACGAUGGAACUAAGAGGCUUAACGGAAAGACAACUGUACGAAUUUUGGGUUACCGCAACGACGGGAUUGGGGGAGGGUGAACGGACUACCAUCGUAACUCAAACUACUGAUACUCGAGCGCCUGCCAGAGUUGCGUCUUUUUCCCAGCUAAUGCGAAGAGCGGUUAAAUCUUCGGUCACACUUCCGUGUCUGGUUGUCGGCAAUCCAACUCCCCGUCCGACUUGGACGCAUAGAAAUAGUCAAGUAACCACAGGAAGACAUUACGAGAUAACGGUUGACGGACACCUAAACAUUCACAGCCUAGAACAGUCCGUGGCGGGAAAUUACACAUGUUCAGCUACGAACUUGUUUGGAGACGAUUCGGUAACUUACACUCUAAUAGUUGUGAUGCCUCCGCGUGCGCCAAAAUUGGAAUUGCAAUACACGACUACGCAUAGUAUUCGACUUCGCUGGAACCAUCCUGACAACGGCGGUGCGACUAUCCAAGGGUACGUCUUGAGCUACAAAAGAGAUCAGGAUGGUUGGGAAGAAAUCGCUGUUUCUCCGGAACAAACGGCGUACACAUUGAGUGACCUUAAGUGCGGUUCUUCGUACCUCGCGCAUUUAACCGCCCACAACAGAGUCGGAACCGGGGAACCCAGUGGAUUGAUCAGUGCUCGGACCAAAGGCAGUGCUCCUUUGAUACCGAAGGAGAAGGACAUGAUCUCCACGAACUCAACGACGUUGCGACUCAAUCUGGUUUCGUGGCCAACGGGAGGGUGCCCGAUCCUAUACUACACAGUCGAGUAUCGUAAGCGAGGUGGUUCGGAUCCAUGGAUUAUGGUAGCGAACCGAGCGACGGAGAAUCUGAUAAUUCGUGACUUAAAACCAGCGUCGCGGUACGUUGUCAGACUCACGGGGCACAACGACGCGGGGGCAACGGAAACUCAGAUGGAAUUUGCUACCACAACGAUAAGCGGUGUCAGUAUCGGACCUCCUAACGAUCUCAUCAUGGACAAUGACGCGCCGAAAAGCGUUCCUAGCCAGAGGGUGCUAUACAUCGUUGUUCCAGUUGUGUGCGCCUUAGUUCUGGUCCUUUGUGCAAUUUUGCUGGGAUACGUAGUUCUGAAACGCGGCAGAGAGAGUGGCGGCUACCUGGGAGAAAUGAUGGCCGGGCAGCAGCAGCAAUUGCAGCAACCAGCAGGCUUAGGUUUGGCCCAGCCGUUGCAGCCCGGGAUGCAACAGCUGGGCCACCAGCCCCACCAUUUGACGAGCUGCAUGUCAACGGUCCAAUUGAAAUCAACUGCGGAAAGAGACAACCGCAGGAACCACCAGGUUUACACCAGCUCCCCGGUUAAACAAGAGAACCUGAAACCCAAUGAUCAUGGUUCAGGAAUGUACGAGAUCAGUCCAUACGCUACGUUCAGUGUGCCAGGUAGAGAAAACCGUUCGGUAACGACUGCCACUUUGGAUUACACGAUGCAAUUCAAGACUUUCGGCCACUUGGAAAACGAGGACAUAAAUAUAAUCGACUAUGAGAGAUCGAGUAUUGAUUAUGAGAGAUCGAAAACACCGAGGUGGCACAAGCAGCGAUAUUUUCCGAGCAUCGCAGAGGCAGAAAGUAAACUCAGAUCCAGCAGGCAAGGAUCGGGAAGCGAUACUUCUGGUAGUCCUUGCGGAGAAUGUGCUGGCCCCAGUUACAGGGUACCCGUGAAACCAUGUAGAGAUGUAUUUUCGAGAGGUGUCGAGUCCAGCACUGAAUCUAAUAACGAGGGUUCGCCGUUGGCCAGGAGGCGUAGCCGGCAACCAAGCAGGUCCACUCGCAGUUCGGUGGAUGACAUGACGCUAUUACCACCAACUGGAUUUAGCGACAGUCGAGAAUUAAGCGAGGCAGAAUGCGAUCGUGAUUGCCAUGCACUUUCCAUCGCUACCAGACACGGGGGCAGCCUUGGCAGACUUCCGAUCGAAGCGAUCGAAACUAUGCUCGCCAGAUAUCAGCAAAGAAAGGAGCAGGAACGGCAGGAGUUCACGAUUCAUGUUUGAGAGAAGGUAGAGGGAAUAACCGGAAACGGACGAUCCAUAAAUGCAGCGUAUAAAUUGCAAAACUUUCGUAUCAUGUACAGGUAUAAUGAGUAACCAAACUAGUCUCGUUUGACAAACUAUUUACAAGUAUCAACAUUUUUGCACAUUUUACGUUGAAAAUCAAAUUACGUUUAUCGUCGCAUGAAUAACUUAAUGAACAUUUAUUCGGUUUAUUAAAAGGAAAAAAGUAUAAAUAUAUCAAAAUAAUAAUAAUAAUAUUAAUAACAAUAACAAUAAUUAUAUAACAAACCGUUAUAUAUUAUGAAUAUUAUGAAAGCUGCAGUUAUAUUGAAACACUGCCGCCAAAGGGUGUUAUAUUUAUUGAAAAAA